CUAUUUACACGAAUUGGCGGCCAUAUUGUUUGUACGAUAACCAAACGAGGAUGAAGAAGCAAUAAAGACGAGCGCCAAAUUGAACAGCGCGUCGAAUGUCGAUCCAUCCAAUUGAGAAUGGCAACGGAAAUCAUCACUUUGCAAUCUCACAGAACAGCUUCGGCAGUAAAGAGAAACACAAGGCCAGUCUACACAUGUGUCACAAAUUGAUCCUGUUAGGGCCGGUUGUUCCAUCUUUCGGUAAAUCUCGGCUUAUUCGAUAGAUUAUUACCUAUAGGAUAAAUCUUAUCCGGCAGUUUACCAACUACUUAUACAUGAGCGUUGUUCCACGACUAUUUAUCCUACUGAUAGUUACCUGUUGGUUAAGAGCGAUAUAUCGCGAUAUUUAUUUCCGGAAACGUUUGGCAGCAACUUCAAGUGGGUGCAAACUAACCUAUCACUGAAUUUACUUGGCUGCGUUCAGCGGCCAAUGUAUUGAUAUGUGUUUACCUUCGACAAUCUUAAUCUUUAUUUUCUGAGAUGACCGAAAAAAAAAAGAGAGAGAGAGGUUCCAAUUUCUCUAACAAAGAAGUUGAGAUAUUGGUUUCAAUAAUUCAAGAGUUUAAAAAUAUAAUAGAGUGCAAAAAAACAGAUGCCACAACUUGGCGAGAUAAAGAUGCUGCAUGGGAAAAUGUAGCGAAGGCAUUUAAUUCCAGUUCUGGUGAAGUUUUUCGAUUGAAAAAAGCAUUAAAAGCAAAAUAUGAAGAUAUUAAGAAAAACGUUAAGAAGAAAUUAGCACAUAAUAGAUUAGAAACCUUCAAGACUGGUGGAGGUGAACCACAAAUUCGUUCCUUAACUGGUAUCGAAGAAAAUAUUAUUUCGAUGCUACCAUCAUCUAUAGAAGGUUUACCAUCUGUGUGGGAUAGCGAUCAACUAGGUAUAUAUCAUUUUAUAAGAGUUAUAAAUGGUUUAUGUUACUAG